GGUGGCGGCGGCGACGGCAGGAGGAGGAUGGCCGGGGGCGCUGGCGCCGGUGCGGACGGCGGUGCAGGCGGCGGCGGCGGGGGCGACGGCCGCGGUCCCAGCGGCGGCAGCAGCAGCAGCGGCGGGAGGAGCCUCCGGGAAAUGGAUGAAAAGAGGCUACUGGAUCCAGGGUUGAAAGUUCGUAAAGGCCUCUGGGAUUAUACUCUGAAGAACCAGCAGAUGGAAUGCCUGAGUGACUGAAGAAAAUGGGUGCUAAUGCAUCUAACUAUCCUCAUUCAUGUUCCCCGAGGGUAGGGGGAAAUUCUCAAGCCCAACAGACGUUUAUAGGGACAUCAUCCUAUUCUCAGCAAGGCUAUGGUUGUGAAUCAAAAUUAUAUAGCCUUGACCAUGGCCAUGAGAAACCACAAGACAAAAAAAAGAGAACCUCUGGCCUUGCCACCCUCAAGAAGAAGUUCAUCAAGCGUCGAAAAUCUAAUAGGUCUGCUGAUCACGCCAAGCAGAUGCGAGAACUCCUCUCUGGGUGGGAUGUUCGAGAUGUCAAUGCAUUAGUGGAGGAAUAUGAGGGAACUUCAGCCUUAAAGGAGCUUUCUCUACAAGCCAGUUUGGCUAGACCAGAAGCCCGGACAUUGCAGAAAGAUAUGGCCGAUCUUUAUGAGUACAAGUAUUGUACUGAUGUAGACUUAAUAUUUCAAGAAACUUGUUUUCCUGUUCAUCGUGCCAUUUUGGCGGCAAGAUGUCCAUUUUUUAAAACACUACUUUCUUCCUCACCCGAGUAUGGGGCAGAGAUCAUAAUGGACAUCAGUACAGCUGGUAUAGAUAUGCCCAUGUUUUCUGCGUUGUUACACUACCUUUAUACAGGAGAGUUUGGAAUGGAGGACUCAAGGUUUCAAAAUGUUGAUAUCCUCGUUCAGCUUAGUGAAGAAUUUGGAACACCAAAUUCCCUUGAUGUAGAUAUGCGUGGACUCUUUGAUUACAUGUGUUAUUAUGAUGUCGUCCUUAGUUUUUCUUCAGACUCUGAACUGGUUGAAGCUUUUGGUGGAAAUCAGAACUGUUUAGAUGAAGAGCUCAAAGCUCAUAAGGCUAUUAUUUCAGCACGGUCCCCAUUUUUUCGAAAUUUAUUACAAAGGAGGAUACGGACUGGUGAAGAAAUCACAGACCGAACUUUAAGGACUCCCACAAGAAUUAUAUUAGAUGAGUCCAUUAUACCAAAAAAAUAUGCGAAAGUUAUAUUACACUGUAUGUAUACUGACGUGGUGGACCUCUCCGUUUUGCACUGUAGCCCCUCUGUGGGGAGUCUCAGUGAAGUUCAGGCUCUCGUCGCAGGGAAGCCAAACAUGACUAGGGCAGAAGAAGCCAUGGAACUUUACCACAUAGCACUGUUCUUGGAAUUUAACAUGCUUGCACAAGAUUUAACUUUAAAAGUUAAAGCCCAGUUUCAAAAGGAGACAGAUUCUAUCGAAGGAGGCAAGACCUUGAGACAACGUAUGCCCUUCAAGGUGGAGAGGUGAUUUAAUAGUUUUAAGAACAUUAUAGGGCUUCCCUGGUGGCGCAGUGGUUAAGAAUCCGCCUGCCAGUGCAGGGGUCAUGGGUUCGAGCCCCGGUCCGGGAAGAUCCCACGUGCCGCGGAGCAACCAAGCCCACGCGCCACAACUACUGAGCCUAUGCUCUAGAGUCCGUGAGCCACAACUACUGAGCCCACGUGCCACAACUACUGAAGCCCACACACCUAGAGCCCAUGCUCCGCAACAAGAGGUGCCACCACAAUGAGAAGCCCGCGAACUGUAAUGAAGAGUAGCCCCCGCUCGCCACAACUAGAGAAAACCCACACAUAGCAACGAAGACCCAAUGCAGCCAAAAAUUAAAUAAAUAAAAAAAUUUAUUUUAAAAAUUAAAAAAAAAAAAUAACAUCAUAAAAAGAGGCAAUAUAGGCAGACAGCCGGAGUGGUUUGGCAAGUAGAUAAAAGGGAGGAUUCCUGGCCUACAUUGAGAAUGUGUUUUAUUCAGACAAGUAGGCAAUCACUGUUAAGGAGGUGAAUUAACAGGUAAUGAGGCCUCAACUUACUGUGUGCCACCCUUUAUUAAGCUCCCAUGAAUACGUGAGUUAGUACUUUUUCAUUUUGUUUCAGUGGUCCAUCUGUCCUUGCAUUAAUAUCACUUGCAACCAGGUGGCAAAUCCUGACCUCUGCCCCCUCAAUUCCCUUCUAAACACAAGAGACCUGAGGUUUAUUUUCAAACGAAGUGAGCUAGAGAGAUUCCACAUCUGGAGAUAACGAUAAAGAAGGGUCGGGGUAAGGCUCAAGGUUGAAACCUAGAAUUAUGUGAAAGCCUACAAACUAAAUGGUGAAGUCAUUCCCUGACCUUCACCUGCUCUGGUCCAAGCCUGGACAGAUACAAGACAGUAAAUUGGGCUCCAGAAGUGGUGAACAGCCCAAGAGCAUAUAGACCUGUUUCAGGGUUUCAUGAUGAAAUUACACAGUGAAAAAGCCAGCAUACCUUCCAGUGGUUCUACAGAGAAGACUACAGUCAGCAAGCCUCCUUCUGUAAGAGCUUCCAAGUAGGUAUUUACUGCCUCAGUCUUAAAUAUAAAAACCCUGGACAUUUGAGGAAAGCUUCCAAAUUGAGACAGAAAUAAUAACAUAGAAGAAACAGACAAUGAAGGGAGCAGAAGAAAAACGUCAGUAGAAUCAAGAUAUCCUUACAGAAAAGAGCAUUUUAUUGAACAAUGAGACAUAAAUAGAAUGCUGUAAAAGUAAAAACAGGAGCUUUUGGAAAUGAAAACUGUAAUAGAAGGAUUGAAAGGGAAAGUUAAGAAAUCUAGAAAGUAAAAUAACAAAGAGAGGGACAACAGUGGAGACAAAUAAGAAAACUAGAGUAUUCAUCCAGAAAGUGUAACAUCUUAAAUAAUGGCUUUAGAAAUAUAUACUAGAGAAAAUGGAAGAGAAGACAGUAUCUAAGGAAUAAUACAAUCAAUAUUGCCAAAGUGAAAGGGAUUUCUAUAUUAAAAGUUUCAUCCCUUUCACUAGAAAACACCAGGGAAAAAGAGAAGAUUCUGAAAUGAUUUAGAGAGGAAAGAAUUAGUUUCCAUACAAGAAAUAGGAAUCAGAAUGGUAUUGAACUCUUCAGUAGCAACAACUGAAUUACAUAUUGCCUUUAAAAAGCUGAUGGAAAAUUGUUUUAAACACAAAAUUCUAUGCUUAGCCACACUGUCAAUCACGUGUCAGGCUAAAUAAAUGCAUUUUUCAGUCCUGCCUCGAAAAACUUACCUCCCGUCUACCCCUACUCAGGAAGUUACCAAGGAUGUGUUCCACUAAAUGAUGAAGUAAACCAAGAACAAGGAAGUGUGGGAUCCAGUAAAUGGGGUCUAACACCAGAAAGAAGAAAAGAAAAUCCUAGGGACGAGCUGUAUGUUAGGUGUAGUGGGCGUCUAGUCUAGACUGGACUAGGAGGAGGAGGAAAGGCUCCAAGAAGUAAAUAUCUGGGAAGAAAUCAAUUACCUGAAUGUUUGAACAUUAAGUGACAAGUGACAUUGAAAAAGGUGUUAUAGAUCUUUUGGUACAUUUAUGAAGAAUUAGCUAUUGUUAAUUUAUAAAAAAUGAAGCAAGUGAGAAAAGAGGAAAUUAAUAUUUGCCAGAAAAAUUUAAAGUUACAUAUGGAGGAAAAUGUAAUUCUAGUAUCCAGCCUGGCUCAGCAGUAAGUAGUAUUUAAAUAGUCAUCAUAGGGACUUCCCUGGUGGGCCAGCGGUUAAGUGCUUCCACUGCAGGGGGUGUGGGUUCAAUCCCUGGUGGGGGAGCUAAGAUCCCACAUGCCUUGUGGCCAAAAAACCAAAACAUAAAACAGAAGCAACAUUGUAACAAAUUCAAUAAAGACUUUAAAAAUGGUCCACAUCCAGAAAAAAAAAUAAUCGUCAUAAUUUGAACAUUGAAUUUUGGUUUAAUAAAAUUUCUAAAAUUUUAUUUUCAUAAAAUUUUAUAAAAAUUAUAAUAGAAGGAGAUAAAUACCAGAAGAUACUAAAGUACUAAAAAACUGAGAGUAGUUGCCUCUGGGAAGCAGGACUGGUGUGGAAGAGAGAUAGGGCAGGAGGUUUUAUUUUUAGAGUAAGCUUUUUAUUGCUAGGUACAAGACUUUCUAAAUUAUGAGCAUACACUGCUUUGAUUACAAAAUUGAUUUUUUAUAAUAAAAUAAAGAUAUGACAUCAGUACCCAGAAGAACCAGAGAGAUCUAGAUUGACCACAAUCCUGAAGAACUGGGGGAUUUAUCAUAUCUAUCAGGACUGUUAACUAAUGAGAUCAUGCUUAUAAUUUUGGUCUACACAGGGCUUUUACUUUCCUCUCAUUUGGUUAUCUUGACAACCUAUGAGUAUAGUAGGGCUCAGAGAUUAAUAACUAGCCUUCUUCUAAGCUUGUAAGUGAUGAAGUUGUGACUCAUACCAGCCCUUCCAACCCCAAGCCCAGGAAUUAGGGCAUGGUGAGGCACGGGAGCAGUAUGAGAACCACUUUUCGAGGAUGAUGGUGGGAGGCCACUGUGGCCUAGUUGCAGGAACAAAUCAUCAGACUAGUGAUUGAAGCAUCAACUCAGAGGAGCCUCGGCUAUAAGCCUGGUGGGACUGAACCGCUUGCAGAUGGGGCUAAACACAUAUGUGGGGGAAUUGUGGGCCAGCUGGAGAUUUAAAUACCUGGGUACAUCACCACUCAGACUGCUUCAGAGCACUUCGCCAGAGAACAGAGGGCUUUGUACUGAGCGGGCCAUUCUUUCCUGAAUAGGCAAGUAUUCCAAUAUCAGUUAUUUGACUUUUUCAGCUGCCCAUAGUAAGGAACUCCUUCCUAAUGUUGGGAAAUUCCUCACUGUGUAGGUCUUCACAGAAGGCAGAGCCCACCUCCCAGUGUAAAAACCUAAAAGGUCGGAUACUUGCUUUCUCAGCCUUCUCUGUGUUUAGGGCUUCAGCACAUGACCUAGGCUUUUUCAGUCCAGAGCUGAUGGCACAGAGAAUCGGGGACUGUAGAGAAUUCUUUCUGGAAGCAGGGUAGGAGCAGCAACACCAACACCUAGUGGAAAAGGAGAGAAGUCAAUGACAGUGGUACCAGUGAUGGCAUUCACUGUCCAGGAGUGGUUUUGGCCACGGUCCCAAGGCUGCACAAGGUACUCACUGGACUGUUUCUGUGGUGUAGUACUCACUUGCAGCCUUCCUUUGUUGUUUGUUUUCUGAGCCUAAUCUCCAACUUUCCCAGCAGCUCUGUACUGACAGUAUCCUUUCAAAUAAAUUCCGUUUCUGCUUAAGCCAACCAGAGUUGUUUUCUGUGGUUGCAGCUUAGAAGCCUAGUUCAUAACAGUACCUAUAUUAAAAAGACUAGUGUAUAAAAUUCCAAAAUAGAAGACUAGGUUGGAAGAGCCUCAAAAGAAGGACCAGGUGUUUGAUCACUGACUUUGCACAAUGACCUUAGCAUACGCUGUGUAAGCAGCUCUGAAAAUGUGAGAACAGUGAGAAUAUACUAUUGAUUCAUAAUUUUUUUUAAUAAAAAUCCACUCUUUAGGAGAACUACAGGUUUUCUCAUGAACUUUAACAACCCACAGGCCUACAGUAAGAACUUCUGUUUCCAUGUCAUAAAUACCAUUGACCUCAGAACAAAAUAGCCCAGAAUUAACACCAACAUCUACAUGCAUAUUCCAGUCCAGGACAUUUUACAGUAAUAUGCUUUAAACAGAUUUAUUUUUUCAUAUUGAUCAAAACUGUAUUUUUCAAUCUUUGGAAUAUGAAAUUUAUAACUUUAGUUCCAAAAUAGCCUCUGAAAUUCAUUGUCCAUAUUUUUAGGCAUAAUACAUGUGAUUAUAUUUUAUUGGAUUAAAAAUCUAACAGAGAAACAACUGAAAGCAAUGACCUAAUUUUUUCCCUUAGCAACUUGGUCAGAUUCCAAGAGUGUGUGACUUGAAACGAAUGCAAAAUAGCAAAGACUAACUGUCCCCACUCUAAUCCAUUCCUCCCUCCUCCCAUCCUCUCCAUUGUCCCCAUGUUGACACUCUUCCUUCUGUCUCGGUUUGGUUGAGCUGACAGUUCAUUUUGCUUCUGUCUGUAGUUAUUUCCUCUUCAGCAGAUUAGUCUGGAUAUACUUCCUAGAGAACAAUGGAACUAAGUUAAAGACCAUUAUCAACAGAUCAGAGUAGUAAAUAUAGGUUUCAGUUAAAUAUGUGACAUAGAUGAAUUAAUCUCAGUUUCAGGAAUGGCAGCUCAAAAGACUCAAGUUACACAUCUCUAAUCACAAUAAAAUUUAGCUUACAAAACUUACUCAAAAUUGUAACAUGUAAUAUUUAAAAUAUUUAAUUGCACAUUUUAUUUUAGAACUUAAACCGUUUUUCAUAUAAACUAUAAACUCUUCACCUCUGACCCUCUACUCACACUUUUCUUUGGCUUUGUAAUAUCUUUGACUUUGUUCACUAAAUGUUCAAAUUCUACCGUUGUCUUUAAGACCAAACUCACAUGCUACUUCCCUUGUUUGGUCUUAGGCAUUACAAAUUAAAAGUAUUUUCUGCUUCUUGCAAACUUCUAAAACACUUUGAUUAUUCUUUUAGGUUUUUACAUCUUCUGACUUAUUUGAAAUUAACCUAUAUACCUGUUUCAUUUCCUCUACCAACUAGUAUCAACUAUAUUCUCUAAAGAUAAGAUCAAAAUCUGGGUCAUCUUUGAAUCACCCAAAAAACCUAGCACAGGGCUUUGCUCCUGGUAGACUCUCAGUUAUAUAUUUUGAAUUAUGUUUAGAACCUAUGAAAACUGAGUAACUUUUUCUUUUAAAAGGGGGGAGGGGUAUAAUAAAUGUUUAACCCUAGAAGUUGCAAAUAAAAUGAAAGCAGGGAGCCUCAAUCGAGAUAAAUAUGAAGUAUUAUUUAUAAAAGUAAAUUUAGAUGUGGUCCAAAUGAUGUAUAACUCUGUACUGUUAAACGUAGUUUUAAGUUAAAUUUCAAGUAAAAUUGUCUCAUCAGCUCUUUACUUUGUUGGUCCAUUGAUAUGAAAUAGAAUAUCAAUUGAAUUUAGAAUAUUCUUGGAAGCCAGUCAAGGCUAUUAAUUUUUUGAAGCCAAAAAAGUUUAAUCCAAGUAUAAUCUUACCUUUUGUGCUAAUUAUAAUUUAGAUCAAAGAAUUAAUUAUGUAUCUAAAAUCUCACUAAUAAAAACAUUUACAGUAAUAAUGCAAAUAUAAUUCAAAACGUUAAAGUAACUUGGAAAUUCUUAUUCUAAAUUAGACAUCUUUUUACUUCUUAUUUAUCCUGUUUUUUGUUUUGUUUUGUUUUUGCGGUACGUGAAAAAUGGCCCAUAGAACUUUCCCUAUGGUAUGCAGGCCUCUCACUGUUGUGGCCUCUCCCGUUGCGGAGCACAGGCUCCGGACGCGCAGCCUCAGCGGCCAUGGCUCACGGGCCCAGCCGCUCCACGGCAUGUGGGAUCCUCCCGGACCGGGGCACGAACCCAUGUCCCCUGCAUCGGCAGGCGGACUCUCAACCACUGCGCCACCAGGGAAGCCCUAUCCUGUUUUAUUAAAGGAAAAUAAAAUUGUAAAGGAGUUGCCAUUUUCUUGUCUAUUGAAAGUAGAGUGUUUAUUCACCCUUAUUUUAUAUACUUAGAAGACAGUGAGUGUAAAUAUUAUGGCUUGUUACAUGACUUUUUGAAUGUAAAUGUAAUAUACACCAGGCACUUUACAGUCAUAGCAAGUGUUAUUUUAAAAUACAUACAGUUUAUUUGAAGUCUAUCAAAUGUCUGUUCCUCUUUAUUUAAAAUUAUGCAGAGUUUAAUUAGAAGCCGUUUCUCAACAGUAAGCGCACAACCUUUUUUCUGUAAUACUGAAAUUCCAAGGAUGCCACAGUGAAGGGAAAUGAAAUAGAGGAAGAUUGGUUUGGUUUAUUUCCCCCAACCCAAAUUGUGUGUUUAUUAUAGUCAGUGUCUAAGCAAUUGGAUUUAAUUUGAACUUUAUAGAUAUUAAUCAGAUAGAAGAUGAAAUGCUAUACUCAGGUCAGUAUAGGUAUGAACACAAAACUUUGAACAACAGUACUACUUCUCUGAGAUAAGAAAGAGCUGAGCAUUUAUAUUAUUUAAAGAGUAUGUUGAAUUCUGCCCACUUGGAGGUAGCAGAUAGCAUCUGCAGUGUAUUCUGAAACAGAUACUUGAUUUCAGGUUGACUUUUUUUUUUUUAAUUUUUGGCGGUACGCGGGCCUCUCACUGUUGUGGCCUCUCCUGUUGCGGAGCACAGGCUCCGGACGCGCAGGCUCAGCGGCCGUGGUUCACGGGCCCAGCCGCUCCGCGGCAUGUGGGAUCUUCCCGGAUCGGGGCACGAACCCGCGUCCCCUGCAUCGGCAGGCGGACUCUCAACCACUGCGCCACCAGGGAAGCCCAGGUUAACAUUUUUUGAACACUGUUGCUAUACAAGAUGCAGUGCCAGGGAGAAGAGAAUUACAGUUUUCAAAUGCCACUGUGUACCUAGCAGGCACUUCAAAUAUGCUGAUUCAUGUCAUCUCCCAUUUGCUCAGAGAGGUUCAGAGAUAAAUAGCAGUGCCCAAAUUUAAUGGUAUUUUAUAAACAACAUUAGAUGAGGUUAGAUCUGUGUUCUAAUCCUGCCUCUGCCACAUACUAACCAUAUAAAUUCUGUCUGGGUUCCUCAGCUUGAGCUCGUUUAUUCCUCUUCAUAGAAGUACAGGCACCAAGCACAGUGCCUGGCUCACAGUUGGGCUUUAACAAAUGGUUUUAAAACUAGAUUACAUUAACUUAAGUAGACAAUUUCUAAAGAUAAGAAUUGAGUUAUUUUCCUUACACAUAAUUUGACAGUACAGUUCCAAGUCUCCGAGGUCUAAAAAAAUUACCAGAUUCAGACUUUUUUAAAAGCAAUGAUGCAAUUGCAAGAAACAUCCAAUGUUAGAUGGCAAAACAGAGCCAUUCCAAAAAAUGGUCCAUAGAACUUUCCCUAUGGUGGUGGGCUAUUUGGUGUAUAUUCCCAUUUUGCUUUGAUUCAGUUAUAGUUCCCUUUUCUCUUAGAAACACUAAGAAAAACGGCCUAAAUUGUGGCCUUUUCCUAAAGCCCCAACUUAUUUUUAUUUUUCUGACUCUGCCAUCGUCAGAUUUUGACCUUCCUCUUAUACCUUCUAUUGCCAAGGAGUGCAGAAACUAAUGCAGUCUAAGAUGCAGGUUAUACCAGUACAAGGAAAAUGGGAUUGGGAGAGGGCAUUAUUAGUGAGUUAGGAGGGGAAAUGACAGGAGGAAGAACCUCUGUAUUAUACAAGUAUCCUGGCUUUUCAAACUCAGUGUUGAGAUACAUAGUUGACGUUUCUGCCUUAAAACCAAAUAUUGCACUUAACUCCUAAAAUAUCCAGAGUAGAUACAAGUAUUCUGUCUACUUCUGGUUUUAAAAGUGGCUGCAGGAAACUAUUCCAGGAAUUAAGAUAGAUUAAAUGUUUUAGCUAUUACAGUGUGCAAAACAUUGAGCUAAGCCCUUUUUGUGUAAGACCUCCCUUAAUCUUUACAAUAGCUCAUAUGGUAGCUGCUAUCAUCCUGCCUGUUUUAGAGAUGAGAUGAGUAACUUACAUUGUUACUUCCCCAAGACCACUUCUAUUGAUCAAAAGAUGGACUUCAAAACAAGAAUUUACCGACCACCAACUCUAUAUGCAGUAGCUAAGCUUCCUAUAUACUUUGGUUUUUUGGCCGCCCCAAGCAGCAUGCCAGAUCUUAGUUCCCCAACAAGGGAUCAAAUCCGUGCCCCCUGCAGUAGAAGGGCGGAAUCCUAACCACUGGACGGCCAGGGAAUUCCCUAUACUUCGUACUUUUAAAAAGUUUAUAGACAGUGUGUUUGGUAACAUUCAUAAGUAAACCAUUCCUUGUAACAACUUUAAAUUUGAAUGAAUUUAUUUCAAAAGCAGUGUAUGCUCAUUGUUGAAAAAGGGAAUCGUACAGAAACAUAGCCUAAAGUGUAUUUUCACCUAUUACCACUCCUUUCCCCAAAUCCUUAUUGAUGACAUGAUUUGAACAGUUUGAGUUUCCUUGCAAACCUUUGCAUGUGUAUGAGUGUGUGUGUGUAUUUCACAUGCAUAUCUUGUUCUGUUGUAAUAUAAUAGUACCAUACUAUACAUGUUAUCCUGUGUCUCGCUUUUUUACAUACUUAAUAAACUUUGGGAAAAUUA